UUGUUCUUUCAAGCAGUUGCGUCAUCCACAUGGUUUUGUCUCAAGUGAAAUAAAUCGGAAUUAUUUUAUAAGUUGGUGAAAUUAACAAUCUAAUUAUGCUUACGGCUACGCGGGUGAUAAGCCGAAAGGCUUUGGAGUGCUCCGGCUUCACGUCCGAAAUAUACACACACAGGAAUUUCUCUACAGUUCUCAAAAAUAGCGCGGCACCAACAGUUCCUAUCUACCAAAGGCAUGGCGUGCAAUACAGAAAUAAGUCAGAGGGAGUGCGCGGCGCAGUCAUUGGUAUUGACUUGGGGACAACCAAUUCCUGUGUUGCGGUUAUGGAAGGAAAAUCUCCCAAGGUGGUGGAGAACAGCGAAGGCUCCCGCACCACCCCCUCCCACGUGGCGUUCACCAAGGAGGGGGAGCGACUGGUGGGCAUGCCAGCCAAGAGGCAGGCGGUCACCAACAGUGGUAACACCUUCUACGCGACCAAGCGGCUCAUAGGGCGCCGCUUUGAUGACCCCGAAGUGCAGAAGGAUAUGAAGAAUCUGUCAUACAAGGUUGUGAGAGCGUCGAACGGUGACGCUUGGGUACAAGGUUCGGACGGCAAAGUGUACUCGCCCAGCCAAAUCGGUGCCUUCGUGCUGAUGAAGAUGAGGGAGACUGCUGAGGCGUACCUCAACACCAGCGUCAAGAACGCCGUGGUGACCGUGCCCGCGUACUUCAACGACUCGCAACGACAGGCCACCAAGGAUGCUGGUCAAAUCGCCGGGCUCAACGUGCUGCGAGUGAUCAACGAGCCGACGGCGGCGGCGCUCGCCUACGGCAUGGACAAGACCGACGACAAGAUUAUUGCUGUGUACGAUCUGGGCGGCGGCACCUUCGACAUAUCCGUGCUGGAGAUACAGAAGGGCGUGUUCGAGGUGAAGUCCACCAACGGAGACACGCUGCUGGGAGGGGAGGACUUCGACAACGUCAUCGUCAACUUCCUGGUGGACGAGUUCAAGAGAGACCAAGGUCUGGACAUCCGCAAGGACGCGAUGGCGAUGCAGCGGCUGAAGGAGGCGGCGGAGAAGGCCAAGAUCGAGCUGUCGGGCUCGCUGCAGACGGACAUCAACCUGCCCUACCUCACCAUGGACGCUUCGGGGCCCAAGCACAUGAACUUGAAGAUGACUCGUUCGAAGCUGGAGUCGCUGGUGGGAGACCUGAUCAAGCGCACGGUGGGCCCGUGCCAGCGCGCGCUGCAGGACGCCGAGGUGUCGCGCACCGACAUCGGCGAGGUGCUGCUGGUCGGCGGCAUGACCAGGAUGCCCAAGGUCCAGCAAACGGUGCAAGAGAUAUUCGGUCGUGCGCCCUCGCGCGCAGUCAACCCUGACGAGGCGGUGGCGGUGGGCGCGGCCGUGCAGGGCGGCGUGUUAGCUGGCGACGUGACAGACAUCCUGCUGCUGGACGUGACGCCGCUGUCGCUGGGCAUCGAGACCCUGGGCGGCGUGUUCACCAAGCUCAUCACGAGGAACACCACCAUACCCACGAAGAAGAGCCAGGUGUUCUCCACCGCGGCGGACGGUCAAACCCAAGUCGAGAUCAAAGUCCACCAGGGCGAGCGCGAGAUGGCGACGGACAACAAACUGCUCGGCCAGUUCUCUCUCAUCGGCAUACCGCCCGCGCCGCGCGGCGUGCCGCAGAUCGAGGUCACCUUCGACAUCGACGCCAACGGCAUCGUACACGUGUCUGCCAGGGACAAGGGCACUGGCAAGGAGCAACAGAUCGUGAUCCAGUCGUCGGGCGGGCUGUCCAAGGACGAGAUCGAGAACAUGGUGAAGGCGGCCGAGCAGUUCGCGGCGGCGGACAAGGGGCGGCGCGAGCGGGUGGAGGCGGCCAACCAGGCGGAGGGCGUGCUGCACGACACCGAGACCAAGAUGGACGAGUACAAGGCGCAGCUGCCGCAGGACGAGUGUGACAAGCUGCGCGUGGAGAUGGGCAAGCUGCGCGAGCUGCUGGCGCAGAAGGACAGCGCCGAGCCGGAGGCGAUCCGCAGCGCCACCGGCCAGCUGCAGCAGGCCAGCCUCAAGCUGUUCGAGCAGGCCUACAAGAAGAUGGCAGCAGAACGCGAGGGACAGUCUCAAUCUCAAUCCCAGACGCAAGGAGAGCAGCAAGAGGAGAAGAAAGAAGAGAAGAAGAACUAAAUCCCCCCACAAACUUCUAACCCCCCUUAAAAUAGGGGGCCAACUGUACAUAUUAAACUAGACCAAAUAACAAAAUGAUAUAAACAAAGGAUUUUUGUUUGAACCUCUGUAAUAAUUUUCUUUUAGUAAGUUUUUUAUUUAAGUUUACCAAAAGAUUCUGGUUUUUUUUGACCUGAUUGGAAAAAUUGUAUUUUCUACACUAGGUCGGGUUUGGUUACUAUAUGAAAUGUGGGUGGGAAAAGUAUUGUAGUACGAUUUAAUGAAAUGCCGAAUAUAAUUAUUAAACGUAUAUACGAAGAGAAAUGUAGCCGACACCGGUAAACGGGCAACAUUUUUGGCAAUUUCAGAUGCAAUUGUCUAGAUGCCAUAUUUCAGUUAAUCAACUUAGCGUACAUACAAACAUUGCUGCAAUAACCGCUGUGACGUUUUUGGCAAUUUCUAGAUGAAAUUGUCUAGGUGCCAUAUUUCAGUCAACCAACUUAGCGUACAUACAGACAUUGCUGCAAUAGUCGCUGUGACAUUUUUGGCAAUUUCUAGAUGCAAUUGUCAAGAAGUCAUAUUUCAUCCAACCAACUUAGCGUACAUACAAACAUUGCUGCAAUAGUCGCUGUGACAUUUUUGGCAAUUUCUAGAUGCAAUUGUCUAGAAGACAUAUUUCAUCCAACCAACUUAGCGUACAUGCAAACAUUGCUGCAAUAGUCGCUGUGACAUUUUUGGCAAUUUCUAGAUGCAAUUGUCUAGAUGCCAUAUAUCAGUCAACCAACUUAGCGUAGAUACAAACAUUGCUGCAAUAGUCGCUGGGACAUAUUUGGCAAUUUCUAGAUGCAAUUGUCUAGAAGUCAUAUUUCAUCCAACCAACUUAGCGUACAUGCAAACAUUGCUGCAAUAGUCGCUGUGACAUUUUUGGCAAUUUCUAGAUGCAAUUGUCUAGAUGCCAUAUUUCAGUCAACCAACUUAGCGUAGAUACAAACAUUGCUGCAAUAGUCGCUGGGACAUAUUUGGCAAUUUCUAGAUGACAUUGUCUAGAUGCCAUAUUUUAGUCAACCAACUUAGCGUAGAUACAAACAUUGCUGCAAUAGUCGCUGGGACAUAUUUGGCAAUUUCUAGAUGCAAUUGUCUAUAAGUCAUAUUUCAUCCAACCAACUUAGCGUACAUACAAACAUUGCUGCAAUAGUCGCUGUGACAUUUGUGGCAAUUUCUAGAUGACAUUGUCUAGAUGCCAUAUUUUAGUCAACCAACUUAGCGUACAUACAAACAUUGCUGCAAUUGUCACUGUGAAAUUUCCAUAACGUAUAUAUAUUUCAUGGUAAGUUUGGGACACUUAUGGCAAUUAUUAUUAUUGUUUGAAGAGUUGUCCAUAUUGUUUUAUCUACAAUUUUUGUAGUUUUUUAAUAAACACUUGCGGCUAUGGUUGUAAUGGUGUAUUAAAAUAUUAUGAAGUUUUCAUAAACGCGCAUCUUUGUCAAUUACUUAAAAAAAAUACAUUUUGUUCGAUUUCGACAUGUAAAAAAGGGUUGUUAUUUGUAAAACAGUCCUAAAAAUACUGUAUCAGUUAUAGUAAGCAAUUGUUAUUGCAACAAUAAUUGUAUAUAGAUUGGCAACUUCGUUCGUAACACUCCUGAUGGUCCGCGCGGGCCGGGGGGCGUGUAGCGAUGAAUGCUGAUGCACGCACGCACGAUUUUAGUCUUUCUCCCCGUCGCCCGCAUAUCAUGGGGGUGUCAUUAACGAACUUGCCAGAGUUUUUGGGCGUAUUGCUGUGGUAUACAUUACGGCAAUAUAUCCAGCAAUUUUAUAGCCCGUUUGCGGCCGGUCGGACUUAUUUUCGAAAACAUUUUAGGUUGCAUAGAUAAAAUGUAGUGAUAUCAUUUCAUAGCUUUAGUAAACUGCGUACAUUGUAGAUUAUAGUUAGGUAAGUGAUAGGUGAAAUUCAUUGUAGUUGUUUUUUUUUUUUUUAAAUUGAAAAAUGUACAGGACUCAUUAUUUGUACGAAUUAAAAAUUAAUAUUUGCUUUGCUUUGAUAUAUUUGAUGUUUUUAGAGUACCAUAGUAAAUAUAAAUACACCGUGAAGUUUCCUUCGUCUUGAACUGAAAUCCUAUUUAAUGUAUCCAAAAUGUAUCAUCAUCCAUUAGUGUCAUUAUAAAAAAAAACAAAGUACAAUUCAAGGAGAUACGAUUGUAACUAACUUUCAAAAAUCAAUUAUAUUGAAACAUCCUGUAUUUACAAACACCUACCUAUUUGCUGCGAUGCCGCUAUACGGCUCAUCGGUCCCUUUGAGGUCAUUAACUUUAGCCUUAAGAGCGCGCAGCGCGUCGGUACGAUAUGGAUAAAAUUCGAAGCGCAAGCGAGACGCCGAAUUAUGACUUUCACGUGAGUGAAAAGCACGGAGCGAUUGAUGUGCGACGCAAAUUUUAUGACGUGAGCGCCAAAACCAUUUUUACCUAAUUGCAAGUAAAUUAAACAACAUAACGAAAAACAAAAUGGCCAUGUUCAAGAUAUAUACCUAAUUUUCUAUACAAAAGGAAAAUUUAGGAAAAUAAGUUGGCUUUUCCUGAGAUUGAAAGCAAAAUGUGAGCAAAACAUGUAUUUUAAAAAAAAAUAAACUAUCGAGAAAAGUUUUACAAAUUGUGUAUUUUGAAUAGUCAUAACGAAGCUAACACUUUGAAAUAUCAUUUACCCAAAUAUCAGGCUCCUACUACUAUUCCAGAAUCUGAGAUCCAGAACCAUUUGUAACCAUCAAAUUACAUAUUGCACACUCUUAACUAGAUUGAAAGUUCAAUGACUAAAUACUUACGAAACAUAAUUAAAGAGGAUGUUUUUUCGCUAGUGUGUGAGGUCAUUUUUAAUAUUGUUAAGGAGAUUCUUGUAUUGGACUAAUAACUGGGCGGCUUACAAACGGUGUAUUUUGUAAGACAUACUGUGCAGUUAUAAAACACAUGCAGUUGAUGUGAUGUGUGUGCAGUCUUAAUAACUUUAUAAUUGGACUAUUAGCAUACCCACUGCUAGCAGUUUUAACGAACUAUAUGAGUUGAACUAUUGGUCAUUAUUGGUCAUAUAUAUGAAACAUUUAUAUUACAAAUAUUCUUUUAAACAAAUACAUAAUAGACCUGUACAUUUUUGCAUUACAACAAAACUGUUAUAUAUAAUUGUUGUUAGUGUUACAGGACUGGUAUUCCUUAAGUUUGAAAAAUUACAAUUUCGUGUAAUAUAUUGUAAUAGUUAUUAAUGAUUAUUAUAUUUUUAAUUGAAAAUGUGUGUGUGUAUGUGCGUUGGAUUUUGUGGAGGUAUUUUUGGGGUGGAAUGGAGAAGCUUUAUUUGUGCAUUUAAGUAGAUUUUGUUUGGACUGUAGACGUAAUGCUAUUUCAAAUUAACUUAAAAUUGUAUUUUAAGGCAUUUUCGACUGUUUCUUUAUGUAAAUGCUGAUAUACCUUGAUAACCAGAAUUUUAAAAUAACCUCUUGACUCCUAAAUGGACGACCGGUCGCCCAUCGUAUCCGUUACGUGACAUGUAAAAAAAUAUAAAGUAAACUAAGGGCAAUAUGCGAGCACAGUAUCAUGCUCCGCGCGAUAAAGGAAUAUAAAGAUUUUUUUAAAUGGCUCACAACGGUAGAUAAAAACCGCAUUUCGUGACUGUCUGCUUCUUCAACGCAGACGGGCUUUUCGAUAGAAUACUCGCGGGCAGCGAAUGGUUAAGAUUGAGUUUACAACGAUUCAGUUUACGAUUACAAUUACGAUUCAGUUUACAAUAGUUGCGUUUUAAUUUACUAUUGCGAUUCAGUUUACAAUUACAAUCCAAGUUACAGUUACGAUUCAAUUUAAAACUACUUAUAGUUUAAAUUAUGAACCUGUUUAUAGUUGUUGCGUUUCAAUUUACAGUUGCAAUUCAAUUUACAAUUACUAUUCAGUUUAAAACUACUUUUAGUUUACAAUUAUGAAUUUGUUUACAAUUGUUGCGUUUUAAUUAUUGGGAUUUAGCAAUUACAUUUCAAUUUACAUUACGUCUAUAGUCCAGUGGAUAUUUUCAUGAAUACAUCUACAAAAUCCUACCAAUAUUUGACCGUGGCUUGUUAUUUUUUUUUGUUUUUGAAUAUGUUGUUUUAUAAUGCAUACGUUUUGAU